GUGGUCCAAUAUAUCACUUCAUGGCCUGAAAAUAAACACCUCUUCAUUCAGAUGGAGUUGUGUUCACAGAAUCUAAAGAAUAUUCUCGAAAUUAAACCAAAAGUAUUUGACAGACAAUCGGGAGAUCCCAUGAAUUGUGUCGAGUAUUUCCUUUCAUGUGAAAUAUUCCGUGAGAUCUUAGAAAGUGUUCAGUAUUUGCAUGAAUUGAAUCCACAGAUCAUCCACAGAGACCUCAAACCCGACAAUAUUUUGAUAGACGGGAACGGGAGGAACGGCAGAUUUAUUAAGUUAUGUGACUUUGGUUUGGCUACAGUUCACGACAAACACAAUAUUAAUAAAACUGAUAUCAAACAUACCUCACGAGUAGGAAGUAUACAAUAUGGCACCCGAAGUACUUCAGAGUAGGAGAUAUAACCACAAAUCGGAUGUCUAUUGUCUCACAAUUAUUGGUUCAGAAGUACUGGAUUUCGACUUAUUUUUGAUUGACUUAAAUGACUUACAGCCCUAUUCACAAAGGGAUGACAUACUGAACGCACCGGUAGUUAAAUUGAAGCGAAUUCUGGUGUCAAUGGCUUCGACCCCAACGUUCAGUCAACGGCCCGACUGUUCACAAGUACUGCGAGAAUACAGCGAAUGGAUACAACGAUUUAUCAAUGGAUGUGACUUUGUGUUGGCUAUCAAUGACAUGAAUCACGUGUUCAGUGGGGGUCACAAUGAUUGGGGACAAUUGGGUAGACGUACGAAAAGAUUAGUGUUUUUCGGCACAGAUUAUGGAGAUUAUGAAAACAUAUGGGAAUUGUAUGACAAGAAUAUCACACAAAUAUGUUGUGGUGGUUGGCACUCCCUGGCCCUCACCACCAAUGGACAGGUGUAUGCGUGGGGUUCGAAUGAUUUCGGACAACUU